GCACACUCGUCCUCUUCCGGUUGGAUUACAGCCGAAACAGCACGCUCAGGGACUAGUCCAAAGGCUUAAAACGUCGAAUAAAACAACCAGCAAAGCGGGAUGGAUCAGUUGAUGUCCGAGCAGGGAGCGGCGCCUAAGCCCGCCGCCACGCCAGAGAGGAGCAUCAUCAGCGGCGACAACCAACAAUUCGUCAAGAUGCGGCGCCACGCCCGCUUGUCCCAGUCGGAGAACCAGAGCUCGGGGCCCGAGGAAGAGCGCUUGGGCUCCUCCGCGGAGGCCGGCGGCUCCUACGGACGAAGCCCCGGCGUCCGCGGCGAGAUCUUCAAGCCGCUGUCGUCCUCGCCGAGGAGCCCCAACACCAGGGGCCACUGGGCCAAACGGCACCAGCAGGACGGCGCCCACAUCCCCACGGUCAAGUCGUCCGGCACGCCCCACCGGCGCUACAGCAGAGGCCGCUACCGCACCUCGUCGGAGACCGAGAAGGGCGGCCGAGGGAGCAGGGAGCCCAAGUCUCGGCGGAAGGGCCUGUCUGAGAGCGACAAAAGCGCCAACAUGAGUGGACUUGAGUGCCUCACUGCCGAGAAGGUCUGGUUCGACAAGCACCGUUACGACGAGGCCGAGAGGAAGUUCUACGAGGGUGCCAACGGAACCGCCCCCAAGCAGCAACAGGUGAAAAGCGCUGCGCAGCACAAAGGGCGACCGCAAAAGCGCCAGCACAGAAAUUCUUCCUCACAUUCAAGCGAGCAGGAGCUGAUUGUCCGCAUGAAGAGCCUGGAGGCGGAGAACCACACUUUGCAAAAAGUGGUGGGCGAUAUGAGGGCCGUGCUGCAGAAGCUUGAGGCCAGAGUGGCUCAGCUGGAGAAGACGCCCGCAGCCGUCGCCUCAGUCAAGGCUGCUCCCGUCCAAGCAGCUCCUGCUAAACGGGUGGAGGAAAAUGGGGACGACGACGACGACGUGGACUUGUUCGGCAGCGACGACGAAGAUGAUGAGGAGGCGGCCCGUCUCAAGCAAGAGCGCGUGGAAGCCUACGCCGCCAGGAAAGCCGCAAAGCCCACCCUGAUCGCAAAGUCGUCCAUCUUGUUGGACGUCAAGCCUUGGGACGACGAAACGGACAUGGCCAAGCUGGAAGAGUGCGUGCGCUCGGUGCAGCUGGACGGGCUCCUGUGGGGUGCGUCCAAACUGGUGCCGGUGGGCUACGGCAUCAAGAAGCUGCAGAUCAACUGCGUGGUGGAGGACGACAAAGUGGGCACGGACAUCUUGGAGGAGGAGAUCACCAAGUUUGAGGACUUUGUGCAAAGUGUUGACGUUGCCGCCUUCAAUAAGAUCUGAACUAAGUGCUGCUGUUUAAUGGUAAUGGUUCAAUAAAA